UUUUGAGUUUGUUAUGACAAGUCGAGGCCUCGGACUAAAUUAGUAGCGAAGCCCCCGUGUCUGCCCGGGCGAAUCCGUCAUGGAGGGCAUGGACCUGGACCUGGACCUGGACCAGGAGCUCAUGCAGAAAUUCAGCUGCAUGGGUACAACAGAUAAAGAUAUCCUAAUUUCUGAAUUUCAGAGGCUUCUCGGGUUUCAGCUAAACCCCGCCGGAUGCGCCUUCUUUCUGGAUAUGACCAACUGGAAUUUACAGGCUGCCAUCGGAGCUUACUAUGACUUUGAAAGCCCCAACAUCAGUGCGCCAUGCAUGUCUUUUGUGAAGGAUGUGACGAUCGGUGAGGGUGAAUCAGUUCCACCAGACACGCCUUUUACCAAGACCUGGAGGAUACAGAACACUGGUGCUGAGUCAUGGCCUCCUGGGGUUUGUCUGAAGUAUGUGGGAGGAGAUCAGUUUGGUCAUGUGAACAUGGUGAUGGUGCGCUCUCUAGAUCCGCAGGAAAUGGCUGAUGUCAGUGUGCAGAUGCAUAGCCCCGUGUCUCCUGGCAUGUACCAGGGUCAGUGGAGAAUGUGCACAGCAACAGGACUUUACUAUGGAGAUGUCAUUUGGGUGAUCCUGAGUGUAGAAGUUGGAGGCCUCCUUGGCGUCACACAGCAGCUUUCCUCUUUCCAAGCUGAGUUCAACACCCAGCCACAUCGCAAUCUGGAAGGAGACUACAACCCUUUCGCAUCACCAGAGAAGAGCAGGUGUCCCAACAGCAACAACAACCACUUCCACGGUGACAGCAGCCACAAAGUCACAGAGGAACAUUGGCAGGGAAGCCCACACCAGCUGCAGCAAGACCAGAAUGGACUUUCACACAGCUCUGUGGAUAUAGUAGCAAACAGUCUCCAAAGCAAUCUAUCAAUAGUCUCUUGUAACCAGAUACAGGAGCCGUCUUCUUUUGGGCACUCUUAAAUAAUGGGACUUGUCACAGUAAAGCAGCACUAAACUGUACCUCUGGAAUCUGUCACACCAAUAAAGAAAAAACAAGAGGCUUUAUGGUGGAUAGCUUGGAGAUUAAAAACACUUUAUGCAAAGUUUAGUUACACUUUGAGAAGGCAGAGGCCAAUGGUCCUGAUGUGCAGCUGAACCAACAUCUGUAUGCACGUGUGAAUGCUAAUUUAAAAAAAUGAGUACAAUGAGUCUCCUGAGUGACUUUUUUUUUUUUUUUGCCAGAUUUCUUUGUUAGUUGACAGCGUGCUCAUCAAACUGUGAUGACAGAAGUGUGUGUUUGAGUGUGUAUGCAUUGUGCAACCUGGAAAAGAGACUUUGGAGUUAAAGCCAUUUAUUUUGCCAACUGAUUCUCCAGUUUCUUCUCCAACGUUUGGUUUAUGGAGUGGAUUUGUAGACUUUCUGGUCUCUAGUGCGAAGUCUAACAGUAAGGGUGCCCUUGAAACCUAAUUUCUACUUUUUAAUCAUAAUCUUCAGUAUAGCAAUGAAGUAACAAUUUGUUUAAAGGCUUAUCUGCUUUUCAUUUCUUUCCUUUGGCUCAUUUGAAAACAUUUUCUGCUGGGUCAGUAUAACUGCAAUUUUACAAGCAAUGCUUCUUUUUUCCACUGGAGGGUGUCAUUCAUUACUAAUUAAUGGAGGAUGGGAUCCGAGGGUCAGUUAUAGUACAUAUAUCACUGUUUUCUGAAAGACAGUGAAGGUUAAUUUUGUACAUUUAUUUAAAUCAUUGCUGUCACUUAAACAAUAUACAUUUCCCCCAAUCACCGUGUGGAUUAACAUUUAAUUUUCCUAUUCUUGUAUGUCCCAAAAGCCAGAUGAAUUUAAGAGCUUUUGUCUAAUUUUGGUUCUCUGUCCUUUCAGAUUUCCACCCAGCUUUACCUCGUCAGCCAGUCAAAAAGUUUAUCCAACAAGGGGCUGGUUGAACUUGAUAGGACUGUAAAAAGGGGCCUCAGUAAGGUUUAUUAUUCACAGAUUAUAGGUUUGCAAUCCAGAGGUAUUUUUCUAUGUGCCUGUUGAUAACUCCCCUUGGCAGUCAGUGAUCUAAGAAGUUUCAGAUUAAUUUUCAUUUGCAUACUCAUCUGAUGAUGCCAGACUAUUGAGCUCAUUAGCAUUUAAUAAAUCAAGUUUACAGGAUUGGUGCAUAUCAUGUCAUAAUGGCCUAAGUUCCAGCUAUAUUAUCAACAGUAAAGACAUCAACAUAAAUGCUUUUAUAAUUGUGUUUUGAAUUUUCAAUGUAAAGUUGUCUAAUUCUUUUUAACUUUUAAGUUGAAUGUAUUUCAUGAAUGUAGAAGAUAAAGAUGAUUUUUGGCAAUGUUUUCAUUAUCCAAAGACAUAUUUGAACUCAAGUGGCGACUUUAUUGGUAUAAUUACUGUCUUGUUAAAAUGUUAGGUGGAAAGAUCUGUAUUCACGUUUAUAUAUAUUUAAUCAACUUUU